AUGGUAAUAGAAGAAGACGAGUCCAUUAUAGACUAUGGAACUCGGUUCCAGAAGGCAUGCCAUGAAGGCAACAUACAAGACAGCAACCACCUGGCCAUGCGAUUCCUAUCAAGCCUCACCUCCAACCUGUCCGCCAAUGUUAAGCUUGCCUGGUUUGCCAGCCAUUCCAAGAUGCCACAGUUGGUAAAGCAGGAGUUGACUCUAGCCAGCAGUAUUGCAGCAGUCAAGCCAUCCAACACAGAUGCAAUAGAGCAUAUCACCAGCAUGCUAGAACAUGUGUCAUUUGAGAUCCUGUUUGGACAUAGAAUUUUACAAAAAAAAACAAUAAAUCUUCCAAUUGUCAAAGUAGAAGAAUAUUUAGUGUUUGCAGAAAAGAAUCAAACUUCUAAGCGUUUAAGACAGUCUGUAUCAUUAGAAGUGACUUAUGCCAAUGGUCAUAACUUCACACAUUCUUUCGAAUUAAUGGAAACAAAUGAAAGUGAUAAUGAUCUUAUACUUGGACAAGACAUAAUGCCUAAGCUUGGAAUAGCUUUAGCAGGUGUAGCCAUAGACUGGAACACAAAGAAUAUAAGUCAAAAACAACAAGAAGCAUUUAGAAAAGCAAUUGCAUCUUACACAGUGGAAAAUAAGGCUAUCCCUAAGACUUCUUUUUGUAUGGUACCAGAACCUGUCAUUGAUGAAGUCGUAAACAACUGGUUGAACGAAGGCACUAUUGUAAGAGCCCUGGUAAAUACGGCCUGGAACAGUUCAUUGACUCUGGCAGAUAAAAAAGAUACACACAAGGCAACAAAACAGAAAAAAAAAUCUGUCUGGAUCUACGUCACAUAA